UUACACUUCUUUUUCUUUUGUAUGUCAAGACGCCUGCUCUCGCUCUUCAGGCACAAACUCGAACUACGCCGACUGAAUCUCAUUUCCUUUCAUACUUCUCCACUCCUGGGCCUUAAAGGCCUCCCAGAACGCGUCGACACGUGGACAAUCCGACGUCUCAGCUCACAUACACAAAUUCACCCGAAUUCCUCAACUUCAACUGUGCCACCGAUCACAAUCAUGGCGUCAGACUCCUCAGAUGACGAUAUGCCCUUGGCUAAGAGCAACGGCCGUGUCUCCGAAGCCCACAUCUCCAAAGCGACGGACAAGAAGAUGGAUCAGGCUGGCAGCUCAAAGUCAAAUCUUCCUGCCGGCAUCAGUAUCCGCAAUGGCCCAGUCAUUGAUGACGAGAUGGAUGUUGACGCGCCAACUACGAAUGGUCACGCAAAGCGCAAAUCUCGCACGAGUACCUCCAAAGCUGUCAAGUACCACGACGAUACCGAUGAAAGUGAUGACGAACCUUUGGCGAAACGACAACGAACCACGCAGAAGCCCGCAGACUCUGAUUCCGAUGAUGAACCCCUUGCCACGAAGAAGAAGCCUGGAAAAUUACCCCCUAAAGCCAGCGAAACUGCGAUUGGUGACUCCUCAGAUGACGAUGAUGAGCCUUUGACCGCGAAGCUUGCCAAGACAAAGGCAUCUAUCGAGAAAAAGGCUGAGAAAGAAGCUAAAGCCAUCCGCGCCAAGGAGAGCAAAGCCAAAAAAGCAGCCCCCAAGAAAGCCAAGAAAGAAGACUCCGACAGCGAGGAAGAAGUCAAGCCUAAGGCCAAGCGAAAAUCGAACGGUACCGCUACAAAGAGAGCCAACGGCGUCAAGAAGGAGGAAUCUGACUCUGAUGCUCCAUUGGCUAAGAAGGCCACAGCUAAGAAGGCGAACGGAAAGGUCAAAGCCGAGCCUGCUGGAACUCCAACCAAGAAAGGCAAAGGCAAGAAAGAGGAUAGUGUUGAAGAGGAGGAUGAAGUUUAUCGUUGGUGGGACGCGCCGAAGAAGGAAGACGACAGUGUCAAAUGGGACACCCUUCAACAUAACGGAGUCGUUUUCCCUCCAGAGUAUGAGCCACUGCCAAAGAAUGUCAAGCUGCUCUAUGAUGGAGUUCCGUUGACACUGUCCAUCGAGGCCGAGGAGAUAGCUGGUUUCUUUGGUGCUAUGUUGAGUUCUACGCUCAAUGUUGAGAACCUUACGUUCCAGAAGAACUUCUUUGAAGAUUUCACGGCAGAGGUGAAGAAGACUGGUGGAGCCCGAGAUCCUGACGGAAACAAGGUUGCCAUCAAGGAAUUUAGUAAGCUCGACUUCAAGCCAAUCUUCGCCUACUAUGAUGGCAAAGUCCAAGAGCGCAAAGCACGAUCGUCCGCCGAGAAGAAGGCAGAUAAGGCUGCCAAGGACGCCAUCGAAGCACCAUAUACUACUUGUAUUUGGGAUGGUCGUAAGGAGCAAGUCGGUAACUUCCGAGUCGAACCUCCCGGACUCUUCCGAGGCCGUGGUGCACAUCCAAAGACAGGAAAAGUCAAACGAAGAGUUACCCCCGAGCAAAUCACAAUCAAUAUUGGUAAGGACGCUACAGUUCCAGCUGCCCCGGAAGGUCACAAAUGGAAGGCGAUCCAGCACGACAACAAGGCUACUUGGCUUGCAAUGUGGCAGGAGAACAUCAAUGGUGCCUACAAGUAUGUAAUGCUUGCAGCCAAGAGCAGCAUCAAGGGUCAGAGUGACUUCAAGAAGUUCGAGAAGGCCAGGGAACUGAAGAAACACAUUGACCGUAUCCGAAAGGAUUAUACGAGAGAUCUCCGUGCCGAGCUCAUGGCCGAUCGUCAGCGAGCAACAGCUGUAUACUUGAUUGACAAAUUCGCUUUGCGUGCCGGGAACGAGAAGGACGCCGAAAACGAAGCAGAAACCGUGGGUUGUUGUUCUCUCAAGUUCGAGCAUGUUACUCUGAAACCCCCGAAUACGGUUAUUUUCGACUUCCUUGGAAAAGACAGCAUCAGAUUCUACGACGAGGUUGUUGUUGAUGAGCAGGUCUUCAAGAACUUGAAAAUCUUCAAGAAGGCCCCCAAGAAGGAGGGUGACGAUAUCUUCGAUCGUCUUAAUACUACCCAACUCAAUAAGCAUCUAACCAAUUACAUGCCUGGUCUUAGUGCCAAGGUUUUCCGUACCUACAAUGCUUCCUUCACGAUGUCGACCCUUCUCAAGGAAUUGCAGAACACCAAUAUUUCUUUGCAAGAGAAGGUGAAACUUUACAAUGACUGCAAUAGAAAGGUUGCCAUUCUCUGUAAUCACAAGCGUACUGUUGGUGCCAGUCACGAAGCUGCUAUGGAGAAGAUGACCGACCGAAUCAAGGGUCUUCAGUACCAACAAUGGCGCAUCAAGCAAAUGAUCCUCGACAUUGAGCCUAAGCAGAAGAAGAAGAAGGGCGCCAAUUGGUUCGAAUUGGACGACGAUCUUGACGAAGCUUGGAUUCUCGAGCAUCAAGCUUUCCUUGUGAAGCAGGAGCGCGAGAAGAUUGAGAAGAAAUUCGCCAAGGAAAACGAAAAGCUCGUUACUGAAGGACAAAAGGAGAUGAAAACAAAGGAGCUUACCGAAAGACUUGGAGUUGCAGACGAUUUGGAGAAGAAAUUCAAGAAGGAGAACAAGACCAAGAAGAUUGAAGCAGAUGGUAAAGGCCCAACAGUUGAAAAGUUGGAGGCCAAUAUCAAGAAGCUUGACGAGCGCAUCGCCACCAUGAGACUCCAGGCCGAAGACCGAGAGGGCAACAAGGAGGUUGCGCUCGGUACGAGUAAGAUCAACUACAUCGAUCCUCGUCUCACGGUCGUCUUUGCCAAGAAAUUCAAUGUCCCCAUCGAGAAAUUUUUCUCCAAGACGCUCCGAGACAAGUUCACCUGGGCCAUUGAAUCAAUUGAAGAUGAGGAUGACUGGGAAUUCUGAGCAAUCGUCGAUUUAGUUCUUCGUUUCUAGUGCCGCUAUACACCACCGUCACUGGGAAGAGGAUUCACACGAUCAUCGGUGUUAUAUCAUUCUUUCAACUUUGACUUUGCAUGCAUUUACACGGAGGAGCGUGGAGGCCAAAAUCGCAUCAUUUAGCGUUCAGGAUGGUUUCACUUGGGGUCCGACUUAUGGGGAUUGACAGGAUAGGAUCUCCCAGAACUGAACCUUCAUGACACUUCCUCUGAAGACUUGGUUGCUGCUGCUUAUCCAUAUUGCCAGUUCUUGAGGAAGUGCCACAAAGCUCUCUCUCCUGGCAUCUCGCUGCUUUCUAGAGCGAACCCAGGAUAGUACAUUUGACACGAAUAGAUGCACAUAGCUAGUGAGCAAAAUAGAAAUCAAUAAACAUGCGU